AAAUAAAUUUUGACAAAAAAAUAGAUAAAUAUAAACUCAGUUUCAUCAAUUCUUUGUCUCCUCGAUAAAAUAUUUUUCAUUUUUGUUUUCCCUCUCACCUUUCUCAUUGGAGGGAAAAUCCAAAAUUUUUGUACCAAAGGAAAAAAAAAAAAUUCAACUUCCUCUACCUUUAAUAAUCUAAUUUAGGGUUUUAAUAUUUUCUUUCAGCUUAAUUUCUUUGAGCUGAUUCUGUAGCAUUUUUCUCGUUGCGUGUGUUCUUUUCAUUUCUUUGAAUGCGAUUCUUGCUGUGAGAGCUUAUCGACUUUGAUUUCCACAUCAGGAUAAUUGUUUGGGAGCUUUAUUUGCUGCUUUGAUUACGUCGACAAAAGUCAGCCAGGUUGUACAACAUAACUCAAAGUGAACAUGCAAACUAAGAAAAAAGCCUCUAGGCGGAACGGUAAUCGAGAAGUCAAUUCUCCUAGGGUUUCAAGAGCACAGAAGAAGGCCUCUGAAAAUGGCCAUGUGGCUGGCUUAAUUACAUCUUCUGCAAGAAAGAUUAAACCUUCUUGCGCUCUUGAAGAUAAAGCUAGAGAGCCAACGCCCCAAACUUUUUUGAAUAACGAGUACAACACUGUGGACAAGGGGGUUUUCAGUACUAAUCUGGGAAAUGAAGCAGUUGAUGGUGCUUCAGUAGAUUUUGAGGGUUGUAACAAGCAAGGUGUACCUCUGGAGACUGGAACUAUAUUCUCUCCUGGGUUUCACUUAUCCAAAGGUCCUGUAGGAAAAGUUGUUGACAGAGUUGAUUUUGUCAAAAUAUUUCGGUGCGAUGAUCAACAAAGAAUUUCUCUCGACCAAGAAGUAACACAAGGAGAUGGCCAUGUUAGUCACGAUUCUGACUCUGCCAUGGAAGUAGACAUAAGCAAUUCAUCAAAUGUGCUUGCUUUAAGCACAAAAACUGUUAAUGGUUGCAAUUCUGAUUUUGAUGGAAAUGGUCUUUCCGUGGAAGUUCCUAACAUGUAUCUUUCCAUGAAAAACUCAAAGCUGGAAUGUGUUGACGAGCAUGGUCAGGACUCUAUAUCCUCUGAUAUGUGCCCAGAGGAUGAUGAAUUUGAGGACUUCGACGAUUUUGACCCUUAUUUAUUCAUAAAGACCUUACCAGACUUGUCAAAGGUUGUUCCCACAUAUAGACGGAUGUUGCUACCUAAGCAGACUCGGAGCUGCCCUCCUAUUACUCUUGUCCUGGACUUGGAUGAAACUUUGGUGCAUUCUUCCCUUGAACCUUGCGAGGAUGUAGACUUUACUUUCACUGUGAAUUUUAAUUCCGAGGAGCACAUUGUCUAUGUACGUUGCCGUCCUCACCUAAAAGACUUCCUCGAGAGAGUUUCUGGUCUUUUUGAGAUUAUUAUAUUUACAGCUAGUCAAAGUAUUUAUGCUGACCAACUCCUAAAUGUGCUUGAUCCUAAGCGGAAGAUAUUUCGCCAUCGUGUAUUCCGUGAAUCCUGUGUUUAUGUGGAGGGGAAUUACCUCAAAGAUUUAACAGUGCUCGGUCGUGAUUUAGCACAUGUUAUAAUAAUUGACAACUCCCCACAGGCAUUUGGGUUCCAAGUGGACAAUGGAAUACCAAUUGAGAGUUGGUUUGAUGAUCCUUCAGAUAGAGAAUUGCUUUUAUUGCUCCCUUUCUUGGAGAGUUUAGUAGGAGUUGAUGAUGUCCGGCCCAAAAUUGCAAAAAGGUUCAAGCUCAGGGAGAAAAUAGCUGCGGCUGUGCAUCCUUUAAAUACAAAUAGAAGGGAUUUCUUGUCUGAAUAAAUUAUUUGUGCAUUGAACAAUGUUUAGGAAAGGAAAACACUUGUAUUAUUUGUAUGUUAUAGUAUUCUGGUUCUUAUAUUAUUAUUAUUAUGAUAUUAAAAACAUCAUUCUCUUUGUUGUUGAAGUGGCAAUGACAACAUUGAACCAGAAAAGGGGAAUAUGAGUGUAAGCAUGUGUCGAGAGUAGACUAGUGCCGAUGCUUGGUUGAUUAUCAUCCUGGUAAUAAAAAUUCCUCAACUGAUUAUUAUCUA